GUCAGUUGCGAUCUGUAUUCGAGCCGAGUUGGUAAAGUGUUUGUGUUUUAACUAGCUCAACUUGAUAGCACUUGCUGAAAUAUGGUAGUAGUUGUACCGACAAUGGCGCGUACCCCUUUGAAAUCGUCUUUUUCAAUAAGCUCCCUCUUACCAGAGACAGCUUUGGAAGCACCUGCUUCUCACCAAGAUGCCGAAGUGACUUCCAUUCAUUCGCCUGAACACGAACUCAGUGAUACCGAUAGUGAUUUAGAUGUUACUGGUGACGAUGACACCUCAUCACCAAUAGACUGCACCAAGCAGUCCGAAGACCUUAGCUGCAGUGAUAAGAAAAGCAAGGACAAGCCUCCUUACAGCUACAACGCUCUGAUAAUGAUGGCAAUAAGGAACAGCCAAGACAAGCGCUUGACGCUUAACGGCAUCUAUGAGUACAUCAUGAGCAACUUUCCGUACUAUAGGGAUAACAAACAAGGCUGGCAGAACUCCAUACGGCACAACCUCAGCCUCAAUAAAUGUUUCGUCAAAGUACCUCGACACUACGAUGACCCAGGCAAAGGCAACUACUGGAUGCUGGAUCCUAGCGCUGAAGACGUUUUUAUCGGAGGAACCACAGGCAAGCUCAGGAGAAGGUCUACCGCAGCUUCCAGGUCAAGGUUGGCUGCUUUCAAACGUACCUUGUCGAUGUACUCGCCAAUUCAACCGAUGUAUCCGGCUUUCUAUCCACCGUCGCCUACUAUGUUCGCUGCUGCUUACCAGAGGUAUCAUCCCUACGUGAACGCAGCUUCUGUUCCAAACGUUCUGAGGCCUAUGGCUUCUCAUGCACAGCACAACUUUGGUAUGGAGAGGCUGCUUGCUGCGGCGCCUAGUGUAGACUUGAACAAUCCCCUGUUCAGACAGUCCAUGGACCUGUACAAUAAUUUCCGGUUACCUCAUCCGAUGAUGUCGCAAUCUCAGAUGGCUUUGUCUCCUACCAGUACGUCCAGCUCGCCGGAACCUCAGAAAAGUCCAGAUGCGACUUUGUUUAAGCCUGUUACUGUUUUGCCUAGUGUUUUUUCGAGGCGUAGUUGACGUUCUUAGUAAAAGUAGGUACUAUUUUUUGUUUUGUUGUUGAAGAUACUGUUCUUAAGAACCUUAUAGUUCAAUUGAUCUCAUAUAACUAAUCUAAGAGCGAACCGUAGAACUGUUUUCUUCAUUGUAAAUAUUGUAUAUAUAGUAUGUUGUGUAUUGUAUAUUUGCAUAUUUUGUGAUGUUAGUGUUAAGAAAUGAUAGAAUUGUACAGUAUAAUAUAUUGAAAAAAUGAAUUUUACAAAAAUAAAUUUAUUUGAAAC